GCCCCCUGCAAGGCGCGGAGGCGCGAGAGGAAAGAUCGUUGUCCAUUCGUAAACAAAUCCUAAAGCUAGACGCACGGAGGGGACUUGCUCCCACAAGACCACGGAAUCCGGUCACACCAGGACCCCCCAGGACCGACCAGGACCCACCGGGACUCUACUGGACCGGACUCUGCUGUAACGGACUCUGCUGGACCGGAAUCUAUACUGGACCGGGCUCUUCUGCACCGGAUUCUACUGGACCUCCAACGACCGGACUGUCUACUGGACCGGACCGUACAGGUCUUGACUGGGAGCUGUGGGAGACUACUUGACCGGACUGGGAGCAUUGGUAGACUCUACUGGUCUGGACUGGGAGCAGUGGGAGACUCUAGUAGUCUGGACUGGGAACAGCGGGAGACUCUACUGGUCUGGACUUGGAGCAGUGGGUGAUUCUACUGGUCUGGACUAGAAGCAGUGGGAGACUCUACUGGUCAGGACUGGGAGCAGUGGGAGACUCUACUGGACCGGACUGGGAGCAUCGGGAGCGUCGCUGACAGCCGGACGGAUUCAGCUCAGAAACACAACAGAGUCGAACGAUGUUGCCAUGGUUACAUGGUAGAAUGCGCAUGACCGGACGUCGCCUGUCGCGCUCGGAAUGGCUCGCGAGGACGCAGUGAGGUGUCUGCGCUGCCUGCUUUACGCCCUCAACCUGCUGUUCUGGCUGAUGUCAGCAUGUGUUCUGGGCGUGGCGGCGUCCCUCAGAGACCACCUGAGCCUGGUGCUGACCCUGACCGCCCACACCAGGCUGGAGGAGGCGGCCGUCCUUACCUACUCCCCGGCCGUCCACCCGGUCAUCAUCACUGUCUGCUGCUUCCUGGUCAUCGUGGCCAUGGUGGGCUACUGCGGGACCCUGCGGUGCAGCCUGCUGCUGCUGACCUGGUACUUUGUGAGCCUGCUGCUGAUCUUCUGUGUGGAGCUGGCCAGUGGGGUGUGGACCUACGAUGAGCCGGCCGUCCAGAGGUCAGAUAUGAUCAGCCUGAAGGCCAGGAUGUCGUCCUUCGGCCUGCAGCACUACCAGUGGCUCACACACACCUGGAACGUCUUCCAGACCGAGUUUAAGUGCUGCGGGGUGAUCUACUUCACCGAUUGGCUGGAGGUGACGGACAUGGAAUGGCCGCCAGACUCCUGCUGCACCAAUCAGUAUCCAGGAUGCGCUCACCACGCCCACCAGAGGGACCUGAGCGACCUGCACCAGGAGGGCUGCGGUCCUAAGAUCUUCAGCUUCAUCCGCGGGACGCAGCAGCUCCACAUGCUGCGCUUCCUGGGCGUGUUCAUCGGCGUGCUGCAGAUCCUGGCCAUGGUGCUCACCCUGACGUUGCUCUGGGCGCUCCACUACCACCCCGCCCCGCCGCUGGGCCCCCCCGCCGCAGCCCCCCGUCCCUCCGACCCCCCCGCCCCCCUCCCUGCCGACGACCCCACCGCCCCGCUCAUGGCGUCCGCGGGCCUCUGGGCCUCGCCGCCCGGCCGGACCUGCAGGACCCCCCCCACCACGACCCCCCCCACCAGGAACCCCCUACAGUACGACCCCCACGUGGACAUGAGGCGCCUGGCGUCCUAGAGGUUAGGGUUAGGGUGCCGUGGUUCCCCCCCCAACAGCCGUGGUCGGAGUUCUUACCGGCCCGGGUUCAGGUGGACCUCCGUGGCUGAGCUUCUGGAGUCUGAGCUUCUAGAGUCUGGGGUUCUAGAGUCUGAGCUUCUAGAGUCUGAGCUUCUAGAGUCUGAAGUUCUAGAGUCGGAGCUUCUAGAGCCUGAGGUUCUAGGGUCUGAGGUUCUAGAGUCUGAGCUUCUGGAGUCUGAGCUUCUAGAGUCUGAGGUUCUAGAGUCUGAGCUUCUAGAGUCUGAGGUUCUAGAGUCUGAGGUUCUAGAGUCUGUGGUUCUGGAGUCUGAGGUACUAGAGCCUGAGGUUCUGGAGUCUGAGCUUCUAGGUUCUGAGCUUCUGGAGUCUGGGGAUCUAAAGCCUGAGGUUCUGGAGUCUCAGGUUCUAGAGUCUCAGGUUCUGGAGUCUGAGGUUCUAGAGUCUGGGGGUUGAGUCUGAGGUUUUGGAGUCUCAGGUUCUAGAGUCUCAGGUUCUGGAGUCUCAGGUUCUAGUCUCUCGGGUUCUGGAGUCUGAGCUUCUAGGUUCUGAGCUUCUGGAGUCUGAGGUUCUAGAGCCUGAGGUCUUGGAGUCUCAGGUUCUAGAGUCUGAUGUCCUGGAGUCGGAGGGUGAACCCAAAGGCUCAGCCACAGACGGGGGAACAGAAGGAACGAGGUUCAGUAGAACCAGUGGUCGGUCGAGAGAGCCGUCUGGGGUUCUUGUUGAUGAUUGUCGGGGGGAGGGCAGAACGGACCUUAAACCUGCAGCUCAAAGACGGACUCUGAAGUUGUCUUUUUCUUGCUUGAAAGACUGAACCUUUUUCUGAAUCGUAAAUUGUCAAAUGUUGACAAGGAAGGCGUCUGUGUUACGUUUUGUGAAAUAUAUCACACUUAUUUUAGAUUUCUAACAAUACCAUUCAAAAAUGGUAAAAGGCACCAAUACAAUUGUUAAUUGAUAUUUAUUUAUUUACACAGUAACUAUUUAUAUUAUUUAAGCUUUUAUUUGUGGAUGUAUGUAUGUCUUCAUUUUUGAAUUGCCUUCCUUAUGCCCAAAGAGAUGCAUAACUUUUGAGUUUUUUCCCAGUACGGUAUUCACUACUAAUGAAGAGGAACUGAGUCAAACUACAGCUCAUUAACUCGUCAACCUAACACUAACUAACUCACAUGCUUUGGUUUAUUGCAGUCCUUCUGCUGUACUCUGCUGUGUUUAACUAGAGUUGACCUUAUAUUUAAAACAGGACAGACACGGGACUUCAGAGGACAGCCGGUGACACUGAACCGACUGGCAACAAACCAGUCCCACAGAGUCUCCUCAGGACAGCGUUACUCGGAGGAGCAGGGAGGUAACGCAAGAGCAGGGAGAUAACAGUGUUACUGGGAGCCCAGGGAGAUAACGGCCUUACUGGGAGGAGCAGGGAGGUAACAGUGUUACUGGGAGGAGCAGGGAGGUAACAAUGUUACUGGGAGGAGCAGGUAGAUAACAGUGUCACUGGGAGGAUCAGGUAGAUAACAGUGUUACUGGGAGGAGCAGGGAGGUAAUACUGUUACUGGGAGGAGCAGGUUGAUAACAGUGUUACUGGGAGGAGCAGGGAGGUAAUACUGUUACUGGGAGGAGGAGGUCGAUAACAGUGUUACUGGGAGGAGUAGGGGGGGCAAUCGUUUUACUGGGAGGAGCAGGGGGGUACCAGAGUCUCUGGACAGUUACUGGGAGGACAGAGUUACUGGGAGGACAGAGUUACUGGGAGCAGCAGGGAUUAUAAAUAACCGCCCAUGGGACGACGUGCCCCAGGCCCUCAGAUUCCCACGCAGGGGAAAUAGAGCCGGCAGCAGAACCUAAACGGUUGCUGCUGUCCUUCUGAACAUGAGUAAAAUUAGCAGCGCAAGAAACCGUUUGGACAUUUGAUCCCUCUCCGUGACACGGUCUACAUGCAUGCCGUGAGCAUGUUGUUGCGAUGCUGUUAAUAGCUUUAUAAACCACCGGCUUAUAUUUGUAGUUUAUGAAACACUUUUUAGUGUUUGUGUGUUGUCUUCAAAUGUUAGCUGGCCAUUUCACUGAAGUUGACACUGAUGAAGGGACGGUGCUUCAUGCAUUUGACACAAAAAUAUUUUUAAUCCUACACGUCACAGACAGGAUGUGCUUCAGUGGACCCUGGGGGCUAGCCUAGCAUUGCUUGCAUGAUUUAUCCGCUGUUGACAUUCUCAUGUUGUUUUAAAUUAGAUUAUACCCGUUUAUUAUUUAUUCUACCAAGACACUGCCUUGUGGUCCACAUUAAAACCCUAACAUGUUGUCCGUUGACAGUAGCAGACAAAGACAGAGUUUUUCCUUUGUUUUGUUGUCGUCAACGUUUCAAGGCUUAAUGGUGCUAUCCAUUUGUAUGGUACGCCGGUACGUCCGACCUGCUUUAGCGAGAAGGUGACAUAAUUUCCUGGCUUGCAGCACUUAUAGCAUUCCCGUUUCUCAUUGGCUAGUCAUUGUUAUUGUUAGCUAUAUUAGCCUCUUCAGCAAACCAGCUAGAAAACAGCUACACAACUUUAAAUUGUAUUGCACGCACAGCAAGACCGUGCAAUGCAUAUAUUGUUGAUCGGAAUGACGUAGUAAUGUGAUCAAUUCUGUGAGAGCAUUUAAGAUCUAUAUUAAAACGUUUUUUUUUA